AUGAUGAACUCCGAAUCUAUUGUUAGAUUCUCCAUGCAUCCUUACCCAGCAAAUCUCAUUCGCCCGCUCCACACCUCCACCACCGUCGUCGUGCUCCAUCACCCCCAUGAACUUCGCCGCAACCCCCUCGCCACCCUCCCCCUCCUCGCCCGCUGCCUUCGCCGCUGCCACACCCUGCCCGGCCGCCUCCUCCGCCUUGGUUCCCACCCCUUUCUCGACUCCUUCUACCACGGCCACCGCGGAGAUACCCCCUCGGCCGUCUUCCUCUUUCCCGGGGGCAGGGACCUCGGCCCCCUCGCCGCCGAGGUGGCCGGCCCGCCCUCCGUCCUCGUCGUCUUCGACGGCACGUGGAGGCAGGCCAAGGAGAUGGUGGCGGGGAGCUUGCCGUUCCUGGAGCAGUUCGCCACGAGGGUGUCGUUGGGCGGCUGCGAACCCGGGGUGGAGGGGCCGAGCACGCUCGAGGAAGGAGCCAUUCAAGGGUUGAGUGAGCACGAUGGAGCCCGACGGCAAGGGGGCGGCGGUCGAGGUCACGCUGCUGUCCCUGUUGAGGGCCAUGGUGGGCUUCCAGGCGCGCCAUCUGAAGCCGAUGAAGCCUCGCUCCAAGUAGAGGAAGAAGGAUAUGACAAUGGCGGCAGGUCCAAAGAAGGAGAAUGCAAAUGGGUUUCCAGAGGCUGGAGGGGAACGACAUUACAUUGGAAUCCCCGACAUGUUAAGAACCUGUUUGUUCGAAUUACUGAGAGAGACACGAAAGAGAAUAACUUGGGCUUCAGAGGCCGGAUAUGUUAACAACCUGUUUGUUGGAAUUACUCUUGAGAUAUUUGUUUUCCUUGAAAGAAUUGUAGUGCCUACAGAUCAGAAACAUUUGAAACUUACCAAUUGGGGAUUUUUGCCCUGUCAUAAGACUUGUA